UAUAGUUCAGACGCAGAUAGUACACACAUUUCACAGUGGGGUCUGCGUAAAGAACACCUGUUUCAAGGCAGCCAGCAACCCAGCAUUGGACUUGCAGAUCUUUCUGCUGAUGAAGACGAGCGCCUGAAGCUCCAGACACUCUCCUGAUCUUCCUCGAGUCUUUGGAUAAUAAAAAAGGUGACGUUUGGGAAAAAAAAUAAGAUCAAAGUUUUUGGAUUGCCCCAGCGAGCAACGUGCGAUCUAUAUUUUCUCAAGGAUUCAUGCUGAUGUAUGCAGUCUUUUAUAGAGUAAAAACAGCGCAUGCCUUUCUGGAGACAGAUCCAUAAAUUCUGACGUAGCCUUGUUCAUCUAAAAAAAACCAAUAACGCCGGGUUUAAGUUGCUAUGACCAUCGUUAUCUUCUUCCAAUGGAGAAACUACGAAUUUUUAUUCUCAAUGCAGCUGGAUCGCCUGAAGAUCAAACAGCCUGUUAGACCUGGGAUUAUUUAAAAACAAUAUGUUAAUGUAAGCAGAAUCGCCGGCGGCGACUGAUGGCUCCGUUAGGUGAAGUUGGGAACUAUCUUGGUGCCCAGGAUGCAAUACCUUUUGGGAAUGUGCCCGUUUUACCGGUGGAUAAUCCGGUACUCCUGAGUGAUCAUCUCGGCCAGUCUGAGGGGGGUUUGAGCAGGGGCUCAGUCACGGACCUGUCCCACUUAAAGGGGAUCCUCAGGCGGAGACAGCUCUACUGCAGGACUGGCUUUCACUUAGAGAUUUUCCCUAACGGAACUAUCCAGGGGACCAGACAAGAUCACAGCCGAUUUGGUAUUCUGGAGUUCAUUAGUAUAGCAGUGGGCCUGGUCAGCAUUCGUGGUGUAGACAGUGGACUCUACCUCGGAAUGAAUGAGAAAGGAGAGCUAUACGGAUCGGAGAAAUUGACUGCAGAGUGUGUUUUCCGGGAGCAGUUUGAAGAAAACUGGUAUAAUACCUACUCCUCGAAUCUUUAUAAGCAUGCGGACACUGGAAGACGGUACUUUGUUGCAUUAAACAAAGAUGGAAGCCCAAGGGAAGGGACUAGGACUAAAAGGCAUCAAAAGUUCACUCAUUUUUUACCUAGACCCGUGGACCCUGACAAAGUACCUGAACUAUACAAGGAUGUUUUAAGCCAAAGUUGAUGAAGACAAUCCUUUACUUUGGACCACUGAAAAGCAACCACUAUAAUGGGUUCAUGUGGUGGGUUCUAAACGAUUAGCUGUGUCAUCACAUCAGCUCUACUGUUGCCAAACUUUGUCGCAUGCAUUGUGUAUGGAGGCUUGGAUGGGACACGCUGAUUUUGUACUGCACUUACAGUUUGUCCUCUCAGAGGUGAGCCUGUGCCCACUUGCUUGGUUGAAAAAAAAUGUGUAAGAGGGAGGAAUAUAUUGAAAUGCCAAGGAGAAAGAUGGCCUGAUGCAUGCUCCAGGAUGGGACACGCUUUAAAUUUUUUUGAUCAGUUCUAUUUUGUUGUGUAUCAGCAUAGCUGCCAUACUUUGAUUCAUCGGGAUAUGGGCUGGUGACAAAGCUCAAGCUCACACUGCAUUAAUAAUGGCAUGGAGGACGCAAGCGUACGUAAAAAGUGAUUUAGAUAAAAAGAGAAACAGACAAUUCCUCUACCAGCUCAAUGGUACUACCCCUUAGGGCUUUAAGCAAAGACCUCUUAGUAAAGAAAACAAAAAAGUUAAAUUUAUUUAUAGAAAUUCCAAAGGCAACAUUAUAUUUAUUUUAUAUAUUUAUUUAUUAUAUAGAGUUUAUUUUUAAUGAAAUAUGUACAGGCCAGAUAGGCAUUUCGGAAGCUUUAGGCUUUGUAAGUGUAAAAAUGCCAGUGGCCACUAUGAACCUAUGGUAAGUUCAUGUGAGUUAAUGUAAAGGUGCAUGGAUAUAAAAGGAUUCCAGUAACCCCUCUGUUCGGAAAGUGACAAUCUCAUUUGUGCCCAGUCUAUUGUAACACUAUGAACAGCACUCAUUAUAUUGAGGAUCAUUUUUUUGACUGCUUGUUUCCUGACUGUCUCCCUGUCCUCUGCCCUCUCCACCCCGUCGAUUAAAGUUAAAGUUGGGUCUUCAGAUUUCUCCUUUGUCUCUUUUAUAUCCAGUUCUGUCAGAUGCAGUUUCACAGCUCUGGGCUUAUCCUUCAUCUCAAAAAGAAAGACAACUGCUGCUGUUGUUUGAUUUAUUACCAAAAGCCUGCAGUUUUAUAGCAGAGUUUGGUAGUAAAAUAUCCCAGUCUGUAUUCACAGUCAAGUGUUCUCAGGACCAGUGUUCCUUUUAUGUGUUAUAUUUAUCAAGAAAUUGGAAAACUCCUUAAACUAAAAGCUGAGUAAUAGACAAAAAGUUUAAAGAAAAGAAAUCCUUUUUUAUAAUAAAUAUUACAGCAUCAUUCUUAACAUAGUUUUACUGAAAAAGGUCAUCUUCUGGACUAGAAAUGUGUGAACUUUUCUGUAGCCUUGGAGGGAAUGCUGAAAAUUCUUGUGUUUUUUUUAUUCUUUGUGCAAAAACAUAUUUUACAGCCUUUCUGAAUAUUGGCUCUGAGCAACUACAACCAUGUGAUAUAUUAGCUCGAUUUUUUUUCAAGAAUUCAUUUCCACGGUGGUAGAAGUAACAUUUAAGAGAUGCAGACAAUGACAUUUCAAGUGAUACCUGGAAGAACUUGCUGGCAAUACGGUGCCCAAGCCUUUGCCUCUGUCUGCCAAAAUUAAAUUGGUACAGCAAUGGCUUCUAUUUGGUUACAGAAAUGAAAUUUGACAAAAAAGUACCUUCAAUGGAAUAAGUUGAUCUAAAAUGUUUAAAGACUAAAAUGCACCAGUAGCUUUGAAAAGAAAUACUUUCUUGACUUUGACAGUGCCUCUGCAAUAAGGCUGCACCCCUCACUUUCUUCAAAGAAUAUACUUAUAACCAGAGUUACAACGCAGAAGUUAUAACUAUUGACCAUUCCCAAACUGUUCUGGACAUUUAUCAAGAGAAAGCAUUAACGUUCCUGAGGUAAUUUUCACUGGAUCCUCGUCCAUUAACUAUCUGUACACCUUAUAAAAUUGUUUAAAUGUUAUAGCAUUCCAGAGUGGUACAGUCCAAGAGAUAUAAGAAUGAGCAAGAUAGACCAUUGAUGAUCAUAGCUCCUGGAAUGUUUAUCUUUCAGGUGUCUUUGGUUUUAGUGUUUGUUUAGCUACAGCUACUGGCAGUACCCCUUUGAUUUCCCAUUAGAACACUUUAUAUUUAUUCAAUGGCCUUUUCUUAAUCAUAUAUCCCAAGGCAUAUUUGGGGAAAUGUUAUCAACAAAACUUGAUCCUGAGGAAUAAUGAAUGUGAUUAGACCCCUAUCAAAAAGAUAGAUUUUAAAGAGCAUCUCAUCAGAGAGAAUAGAGAAGCAGAAAGAUUUAGGGAGGGAAUUUCAACGGUGGGGACUGAUGUAGUUGAAGAACGGGACGGCAUAUUUUAUGAGGUGCACCAGAAGCAUAUUGUAUUUAAUUUCUUUUUCUUUUCAUUUCACCUAUGUCUUGACACUGUUUUGCACUGAGCAUCUCAUAUGAUUGUUACCCAAUCCAUGGAAACUUUUGUUUUUUAUGCUGCAGUUUUUACAAAUUGUAAGAACAAUUUGGUCCCUUCCUUCAGGAUCUGAUCAAUGAAUUUGCAAAUAAAGUCCAUAUUCAACAUCAUAUUGGCUUUAAGUUGGCAAUACUCCAACAUAUCAUGGAUUCAAAUUCUUUCAGUCAUUUAUAAUUAAAUAUAACAGGGAGGGGGAAGACAAGCAGCAGGCAAGUCACACAUCCAGAUGACCAUCAAAUGGAGUGGUUUUCUGAUAAUAAUGCACUACAAUUACAAUCUGUAUGCUUUGGGUCUAUCUGCAACACGUGAGGACGCAGCAGGGUUAAUGCAAGCCUUGUUAAUUUGACCACUUGUAGGCAGUUAAAUGAGUAUUGCUCUGAAAAGCUCUUUUAUACCAGGCUGUUCUGAGUAGUGGGAGGAAUGCAAAUGUUCUUUUACCUUUGGGGCUAAAGUAGUGACACAAGCUUGAUGAACUAAGAGUUGUAAAAGAUAAUAGUAAUGUAUAACAAAUAUAUUUUAUUCUGAACUUUGUUGAUGUAUCUGCCAUAUCUAAGCAUUUAUUAUAUAAUGCCAUGGUUUGAUUUCCUGAAAUGUGAUUGGCUGGUAGGUGUGUAUUAUUGCAUAACACAGCACACCUAAUUAAGUAUGUAAUUUAAUUAAUAAAUUAAUAUUGGACUAUCCAAGUAUAUCAGAUGAAU